AUGGUACAGCGCACGACAAUAUACACGCUGCCCUCGAAGAACGGAGGAGGGGCCGAGACGGACGACGCGAGCGGAUCGGGGUUGAGGGAUGAGAUCGAGGCGGGGUUGAUGGGGACCGGGGAGGUGACUGUGCCGGGAGAGCAAGAGGAGGAUAAGCAGUGGGCGUUCAAGCGAAGCGUACCGACUGUAGUGCUCUAUGACGAACAGGGAUUGAGGCUGUACGACCGAAUUACCGCCCAAGCUCCAGAGUACUACCUCUUUCCGGACGAGCUGAACCUUCUGCGCAACCACGGUCCGGAGAUCGCUCGGUCUAUGGGCUUCCCGGAGCGCAAGAAGCUUGAGCAAGAGCUGGAGCAGGAGCACAGGCCCGCAUCGCCAUGGAAGCCUGCGAGGUGGGGAGAUGCGGCGGUCGGGAAGUGGAACAAUGGGGUGAAUGGGGAGCAGGGGAUGGGAGGCGGAUUCGAGCGAGGCUAUGAUGUUGUCGAGCUGGGUGCAGGCGCACUCCGCAAGACAGCACAUCUACUCACUGCCCUUGCUGGCACCCUACCCGACAAAACUCCAGACAAGAUACCCAUCACGUAUCACCCGCUCGACCUCUCUUACCCCGAGCUCGACCGCGUCCUCGGCGAAAUGGACGAGGCGUAUGGCGACAAGCUAGCGGGCAAGGUCGAGUGUAUUGGUCUGCAUGGCGACUACAAUGCCGGUCUGCAGUUCAUCAAGGACGGCAAGCUGUCUGCUCUGCGGGCAAAGAAGGAGUCGUCCCCUGAUUCGAUCGGGCCGGUGACGCCUCAGACGGCCAAUAUGGAGUUGGGCAGUCCUACCGAGGCGGAUCUGGUCACUCCACCGCCUACUGCCUGUCCGCCCCAAUCAGCCGGGAUCGUCGACCCCAAUAACACCUCGGACGACGUGGACCUCUCCCAGACCAACGAUAAGUGGACUCGCCCGGAAUCGCCCAAGUCAAUCCACCUACCCAACGCGGUGACUAGCACCGAGGCCACCUCGCGUCCGCUCCAUAUCGUCUUCCUCGGUUCGUCCCUCGGUAACUUUCCCCGGGAAGCGGCUGCGCCGUUCCUCGGUUCGCUGCCUCUGCACGAUGGCGAUACCCUACUCCUCGGUCUCGAUGGCCGUCCCGCUCCGGGCGAGGAGGGCAGGCGUAAGGUGGAAGUGGCGUACAAUGAUCCCGCGGGUCAUACGCGUGCUUUUGAGGAGCACGGGUGGAAGAUCGUCGAGAGGGAGUUGGGGCUGAGGGAUGUGCCCGGAGUGGAGUUUGUGGGGAGGUACAACGAGGCUCUGGGCCGGCAUGAGGCGUAUUUCCGCAGCAAGGCCGAGCAGACCAUACAUCUUCCCGGAUCAGGCAAAGAUGUUAAGCUCGAGAAGGAUGAGCUGCUGAACAUCGAGUGGAGCUACAAAUACUCGCACGGUGAAGCUCUCGACCUCUUCCAAGCUGCCGACCUGCGAGUCAUCAACUCGUGGAAAGCGCCCGACUCGGAGUAUCGCCUCUGGCUCCUUGAGCGACCUCACGCCAGGUUCUCCGCGGCCCCCAUCAUCGAAAAGAACACAGUGUCGUCAACACCCGUCCAAGAUGUCGCGCUGGCUGCCCCGGAGGAGAGCAAGACGGCGGCGUGUCAGGGCGUACCGAAAUGGAGUGACUGGCAGGCUAUGUGGAAGGUCUGGGAUCACAUCACGCUGGGUAUGAUACCUGAGGCGAUGUUGCACACCAAGCCUAUUGAUCUACGCCAUAUCUGCUUGUUCUACAUCGGGCAUAUCCCCACUUUCCUCGACAUCUACCUCACUCGCUUGACGGACGGAAAGCCCAGCCACCCCGAAUUCUUCAAAGACAUCUUUGAGCGCGGAAUCGAUCCGGACGUUGACGAUCCUACCAAGAUCCACUCCCACUCUGAAGUUCCGGUAGAAGAAGCCGACUGGCCCGCCCUCCGCGAGAUCCUCGCAUUCCGGGACCGCGUCCGCCUGCGCGUUCGAGACGUCUACCAAGCCCUCAACGACGGCAGCAUGCCCCUCGACCGCCGAGCCGGACGCACCCUGUUCAUGACAUACGAGCACGAGGCGAUGCACGCCGAGACGCUUCUGUACAUGCUCAUCCAGAGCGCGGCGACUAGGCCCCCCACUUGCCUCGCCACUCCGCAGUGGGACGUCCUGGCCAAACGAUGGGCUAUUGAGGCUGCGUCAAACGCCAACGAGAUUGUCUCACUCCCGGCAGGACAGGUUGAGAUCGGCCAUGAUGAUGCGGAGGACGAGGACGAGCAGUAUACCUCCCCUGACGCCUGGGCGGGACACGAAUUCGGAUGGGAUCCAGAGAACCCUCGGAUCAGCGUCCAGACUCCGGCGUUCAAGAUUGACACCCUGCCCAUAUCGAACGGCGACUACCUCGACUUUGCGGGAAAGACUGGUUUGGUUCUGACCAAAGACUCGGCGCCUGCGUCGUGGGUCCAGGAGGAUGGAGAGUGGAGGGUGCGGACGCUAUAUGGGCCGGUAGGGUUCGACGUGGCGGGCAGGUGGCCCGUCCAGGCGAGCAAAAACGAGCUGGAGGCGUAUGCGCGGUGGAAGGGCGGUAGGCUGCCGAGCGAGGCCGAGCUGAGGGCGUUCUGGGCGCAUGAGAAUGGUGCGCGGCCGGCGGGCCAGAGGGCCAAUGUCGGAUUCAAGAACUGGCAUCCUAUCCCGGCCGAGAAGACCAUGAUCGACAACGCCGGCAAGAAGCUGCACGGCCACAAUGGCGGUGUUUGGGAAUGGACGACGACCGAGUUCCAGCCGCUGGAGGGGUACACCCCGAGCAAGCUUUACCCGGGCUACUCGUCUGACUUCUUUGAUGGCAAGCACUUUGUCGUGCUUGGCGGAUCAUACGCUACCAUCCCGAAAAUGGCGGAGCGCAGCUCGUUCCGGAACUGGUAUCAGGGCAACUACCGUUUCUCCUUUGUCGGUGGGCGGGUCGCAUAUGAUGCCUAG